UCGACCAGUUUUUCACUCCGUGGAGAAAGGCUUUGUCAUUCUCCGCCUAUCAAAUGUGGACCGACCAGACGACAUGGCUCUACGAUGAAUCGGCUGUAAACGCCCACUACGCACCUUUCUACAACUCAAUCAUCCUCCCGACAGCGCUGCUCCAACGACCCUUCCUCUUUCUCGACGGUCCAGCGGCCCUCAUCUAUGGUGGUCUCGGGACGAUAAUUGGCCAUGAGAUUAUGCACAUGUACGACGUAUCGGGCUUGACAUUGGACGAAAAUGCCGAGGAGCGAGUCUGGGUAACGCCACAGUUCCAAACGGAGUACGGAAAAAGGGCGGUCUGCCUGCGCAGAUCAGCCAUGGCUCUCCGAAAACAGCUGGCACGGCAGGAGAUUGCGGACGAUGUGCUCGACUCGGAGAACCUGGCCGAUUUCGUUGGCACUACAGCAUCGUACUGGGCCUACUCGUCACUGCCAGCUCACGAACGGGAUACUUGGCUGUUGGGCCUCAACAUAUCAGCCGAACGUUUGUUCUUCAUCAGCACCUGCGUCAAGUAUUGCUACCACUACAGCAACACCGAACACGUGCGCCACUCGCCAUUCCACGUACGCUGCGUGGCGCCACUCAUGCACAUGCCGGAAUUCUCGACCGCCUUCCGCUGCCCCCCGGGGUCCCUCAUGAACCCGGAGAGCCAGUGCACCUUCUGGUCGUGAAAGUAUGGAUGCCACUGGUCGGUGUAUGUCGCAGUGAAACACAAGCGUUUCGUGUGUUCUUUCCUAUUUACUCUUUGAAGAAAUAACUUGUACUUCCGUUUUGGUAUUACCGAAAAACAAAAGCAAAUAUUGUUUCGCUUCCGUAUCAACGGGUUCUGACUCUGCUGAGCCUCACUUUCAGUUUAAGUAAAUCAAAAUCUGUAACGAUUUGCGCAGUGCCUCGCCACACUGAAUUGCUUCGCGAACCGCUUUCGCGUAACUUACUUUGCUCUUCGUACCUGGACGCGCUAGACAGGUACCCAGUUGUCUGCGUGGUGAAUUCGCAUGGUUGUCAGAAAUAUAGAGAAAUUGAUUGCCGGGCAUGUGGAAGACAGCAAAUGAUGUUGCUGCAUUAUUAAAAAUUAAUAAAACUAAAUGUCGAACGGCCAAAUGAGUCUUACGCAUAAGGUAUAAGGCACCUUGAGUGGUGACGUCGCUAGAGCGUGCUGCACGAGGUGUGGCGCCUUGACACAUCCGUCCUUAAUCUACACGGGCCAGAUGUUCGCUUUUUUCGUCUACCAUGUUAUGCAUUCGCAAAAAAAAUAUAGAAAAUAUAUUUAAACGUAUAGGCGUGGAGAUUUCAGCAUUCAAAAAAAAAAAAAAAAAAAAGAAGGAACCCGGCCCAUUCACAAGUUCUUUACUUUCUUUUGUAAAGGUCAUGCUUCAGUUUACUGGGCAAGCUUCGAAGACUGUAAAAAUAUAUCUUGGUUCCCACUUGAUACAAAAAACUUAAUGACAACAUUAGGUACAUGAACAGACAUCUAUGAGAAGCGACACAAAGAAAAUGACGGAAGUUACCAUCGAACGUAGAUACAACAUAUUGUCUAUCGUUCACAAUGUCCACAAAUUUUUCUAUAAAGCUGACCUUAUCGUGAGCAUACAGCCUGGUUGUAGAGGACGCAGCUGAAUUUACCCCGUAUAAGAGUAAAAUUAACAAAAUAUACAAACAAGCGCUAUUUACAUAGUUGCUGUUCACUCUUGUCUCUUUAUUCUUUUCGGAAGCGGCGCAGAAUGUUCACUCAAAGAAACCUUGUGACCACCACGGCGGCUAUAGCAUGGCACCUAAAUUCUUUCUGGGAAAGAACGGACUGAGUAAGGGAGCUCUUUAAUGUAACCAUAGCACUAUAGUGACGGGGUAACAGCCGCGGAUGCAGAACUUGUGCUCUAGUGCACCACUCCGUUUGGUCUCAUGGCCAUGCAUAAAAUUGUUGGUCUCAUGAUAGUGGGAUCGUGUGUUUCAAUGGCGUCUUCGACAACAUUAAACAUUAUUACUUUCCCCUUUAGACUUCAGCGUUGUUUGUUCUUUUGUACUAUG